CCAUCUUCUCUGUGAACGGCGCAAAAUUUUCGAGCUUUCUCCCUCACACCUUCCUCCUUUUAACACAACGUUUCCAACAACAAACAAAACUUCUGUUCACUUCCACCUCGACACUUCCACCCGGCCUCGCCUCGCGCGUCUGACGGACAACCCAAGGCGUCGGAUUCCGGCGAGUGGGACUAUGUCUCCAUGACCCUCUUCCACCCGCAAUAAUGACCCAAGACCGUUACCGGCGGUACCCAUAUUUCGAAAACGAAGAAGAUUCCAAGAAAAGCGUCGCUGCUGCUGGUGGUGGUGGCGGAGGAACGGCCAUGAGAAUAAUAGUGCCCUUACAGGGGGUGGUUCAAGGCAGAGGUGGCCUUGUUUUGGGCUCAGUCAUCCCUUGCGCCUUGUUUUACUUUUUACAGCUGUACCUCAAAAGGAACCGUUCAUCCCCUCCUCAGAAUCCGUCGUCGACACCUCUUUCGCCUUCGACGUCUUCGGAUCAGCUUACGGAGACUUCUGGGUUAUAUAGGUCUUCAUCACGCUCACAUCUCUCGCCAAGGGGAUCGAGUGGACCGGCUUAUAUUUCCUCUAGAGCUAAUUCACUAGCCAGGUCUGGCGAUUCGCCUUACUAUGUUGGACUCAAGAAGGUUUCAGAGGAUCCUUACGAUGCCAUGAGUAAUCCAGAAGGUGUCAUUCAGCUUGGAUUGGCGGAAAAUAAGCUGUCGUUGGAUUUAGUGCAAGAUUGGCUUUCUAAGAAUGCCAAGGAUUCGAUAACAGGUGGAGAGGGAAAUGGAGAUUUGAAUAUAUGUGGAAUUGCAACUUAUCAGCCAUUUGAUGGACUAGUGGAGUUGAAAGUGGCUGUGGCAGGGUUUAUGUCUCAAGUCAUGGGAGGAGGAUCAGUUUCAUUUAACCCUUCACAAAUGGUAUUAACAUCUGGAGCUACCCCUGCAGUUGAGAUACUCGGUUUUUGCUUAGCAGACAGAGGAAAUGCAUUUCUUGUUCCUUCCCCAUAUUAUCCAGGGUUUGACCGAGAUAUAAAAUCAAGAACUGGGGUGGAACUGAUAUCUGUUCCCUGUCGCAGUGCUGACAACUUCAAUUUAAGUAUCGUUGCUCUUGAUCGUGCAUUCAACCAGGCAAAGAAACGAGGAAUAAAAGUCCGUGGAGUUCUUAUUUCGAACCCCUCAAAUCCUGUUGGGAAUUUGAUGAGUCGGGAGAUGCUGUCUGCUCUUCUAGACUUUGCUAGAGAGAAAAACAUCCACAUUAUCUCUGAUGAAAUAUUUGCAGGGUCAACCCAUGGAACUGAAGAGUUCAUUAGCAUGGCCGAUGUUCUUGAAACAGAGGAUUUUGACAGGAGCAGGGUCCAUAUCAUAUAUGGGUUAUCCAAAGACCUUUGUCUUCCCGGGUUUAGGGUGGGGGUCAUCUAUACUUACAAUGAGAAUGUUUUAGCUGCUGCUAAAAGAUUGGCAAGAUUCUCAUCCAUUUCAGUCCCCACCCAGCGUCUUUUAAUCUCUAUUCUCUUAGAUAAUAGAUUUAUCAAGGAGUUUUGUGUGAUCAGUAGGGAAAGGCUUCGAAGAAUGUAUUUGGCAUUUACAGAAGGGUUGAAUCAGUUGGGUAUUAAGUGCACAAAGAGCAGCGGGGGUUUCUAUUGUUGGGCAGAUAUGAGUGGGUUAAUCCGCUCCUACAGUGAGAAGGGGGAGCUUGAGCUGUGGGAGAAGUUGUUGAAUAUAGCUAAGAUCAAUGCAACUCCUGGAUCAUCCUGCCACUGCAUUGAACCUGGAUGGUUUCGGUUUUGUUUUACUACAUUAACUGAAAAUGAUAUUCCUGUAGUUAUGGAACGGAUUCAGAAAAUUUCUGCAACCUAUAAAUCUAGUAGUUGAAUGCAUUUGUUAUUUAAUAUUCAAGUUUUGCCCUCA